AUGCGUUGAACUUGACAACAUUUACGAUGUUAUUUAUUUAUCUAUAAUCUUGUAUAUGAAGCGUAAAGAUAAAAAUCGUUCGAUUAAAACAAAAUUAAAUUUGAAUAGAUGAUAUCUUUUCGUUUACAUUGAAAUAUGUGAUCUAAUAAUAAAGUUGCGCUUUGCGAAAAAUAGAAAUCGAUUGUUAAAGUGAUAUUGCGAUGAUUAGAUUCGAUAUAUCGAAUAAUAUGUCGGCCAUUUUAGCAUAGCGGUGCUCGUCGUUACCGCCAAAUCAGAGUUGUGUGAACGAAGAUUUUAUAAAUGUUGUCGCGUAUGUGUAUGUACACAUGAUAUUAAUAUAAAUAUUUGCUUUCAUGCAAUCAUAUUAUUUUCUUUUUUAUUCUACACUAAUUUGUGUAAAACAUAUGUGACCAUGUCAGAAUAUUGUUUUUUGUGUCUCACCGAUGAAGGCGUCUUUCUUGAUAUUACGCCUACUAACUAUAAAUCUUUACGUGGCGAUGUUGAAAAGUUUUUGUCUUUAAAGGUACAUUCAUUUUUUGUGUUUUUCCAUACAAAAUACGAAAAGUAAUACUUAUGUUUCAUCAAAACAAAUUCUAGAAAUACUUAGGUUGGGGCGUGCGCAAAUGAACACAUUCCAUCUCACGUUUCAACGUUUUAGCGUUUUACAAUAGAAGUAUCUAUUUUAUAAAUUAAUACAAUGCACCUGAACAUUCAUUAGAUUAUUUUCAUUGGAUUAUGUAGUUGGUCGAGAAGAACAUCAACAAAACAAACAGGGUUUGUUAUAAAUGUGCAUUUGAGUUAAGACAAUGUAAUGAUUUUUUGAAGAAGUAUAAAGAAGCUCGUAAAACUAUAGGAUCUAAAAUUUAUGAAAGAAAGUGCUGUACUUUUUGUUUGGAAACAAAGAAGAGAGGAUAUUUGAAUCAUUGUCUCCAUCCUUUGAACAAUUUUAAUGAAGAUCUAAUAUCUAAAGUUCAGCAGCUUUUCCAAGACGAUCUUGUUGAAUACAACAAAGAAAUUAUAUUAAUGUGUCUAUCAUGUAGAUACAGCUUGGAUAUAUUGUUUGACUUAAAAUCUCUAUAUUUAGAAUUUUCUAAAGAAAGAGAUAGGUUUGAUAAAAAUAAAGACUAUUCAACGUUACCUAAGGUUAAUACAAUUGUAAUAAAACGAAAAACCACCAUCACCGCAUCAAUGAAAACAAGAUCAUAUAUUUUAAGUAAUCCUGAUUCCGAUUCUAGCGUGAGGGAAGAGAAUUCCGAAGUUACAAUGAAUAAAAAUGUAGGAUCUCCUCGACUAAAGUCUCGCUUUUGUGAUGCAUGUAAAACUUCUGUGAAAGAUGGUGAAGAUAUGUAUAGAUUUUAUAAGACUAGAUUAACAGUAUGUAAAACAUGUUGGACAAGCAUGGAUCCUAGUAAAUGUAUAACAAGACUUAAAAAACCAAUUCGGACAGAUACAAAAUUAUGUGCAGUAUUCUUAAAAGAUGUUUUGACUGAUGUAACAUUUAAACAACAUAAGACUUAUAAAGUUGAAAAGGAUAGCUACGGUAAUAAUUUAUAUAUUAUAACAGAUAGUGAAAGUGAAGUCGACGUAGAGGAUAAAAUGGAUACGGAACCUUUGCAAUCUCGAGGAAAGCUUUCCAAUGGAUCUGAUAAUAAACCAAAAAUAGGUAAAAAACGUUCGAAAGUAAAUGCGAAAAGUGACAGCAGUGAUAGUGAAACUAAAAGUAUUAAAAGGAUCAAACAUGAUAAAGAAACUAAGUCAAAGUCAAAGUCAAAAUUGCAAGACGCAAAACCUGUGAAGAAAAAAUCUACAACGCGCAAUCACUACUCCGAUACUGAUAUUUCUUCGAAUAAAACAUUACGAAUUACUAGAGCAAAAGGGCUUCAACAAGAAGAUAAAAAAGUAUAUUCUUUGUCGGACGUCGAUACUGAUAAUUCUCAGAGAAAGAAACAAGAUAUAACUUCAGGACGUUUGAAACGAUUGAGGGAAGACAAUACAAGCGAUGAUUCAUCAUUUACCGAAGAUAGUACAAAGGAAAAGAAUUCAAACGAACAAUCAAUUAUUAAGUCUAAAUCGCAUGCAAGUAAUAAUAUAACUGGAAAGAGAAAGAAAACAAAAUCGAGUUCAAGUUCAACAUCUAUCAAUGAAAACACCUCGUUAUCAGAGAUAAAGAAUUUUACAUCAAAAAGAUUACGUAGAAGUUUUGUUAAGAUAUUAAAGAUUUCGGAAGGAGAAACAUCAUCCGAUAACACAGAUCCGGAUGAAACGAAUUUAAAUAAAACGAAAAAAUGUAUUUGUCGUGAAUGCGGUAUAACAUUCGAGAAUAAACUUAAACUAGUUACACACGAAUUAACUCACUCUAAAAUAUUGGAAUUAAAAUUGCAUAAGUUAAAGAUUCAGGAUAAAUGCAGAGAUGAGGAGGAAGUUGAUAAAUCGCGUACAGAGAAAUUCAAUGAUGAUAUAAAUGAACAACAAAACGAAGAAAUUACUCUUAGUGUUAAUGAUGACGAAGAAUCGGAAACUAUGGAUGUAACAAAUCAAAAUAACGUAACACAAGAUACGAUAAAAAAGUCAAAUAAGGACACAAAAUGCUCUUUUGUUAAGAACGAAAAGAAAGAUUCGUUACGAAGGCGUAGUACCACAGAUGAAAAAGAUACAAAAGAAUCUGAAGCGAUAGAAACAGUUACAGAGCCUAUUUGUAAAGAUUCUAUUAAAGUUAUCGAGGGCAAAGAUGAAAUAUCUGAAAGUACGGAACAAAUUGAGUCGGUGCUUACUCCUACAGAAAAUAACAAUACUUCAAAGAAUAUUGACGAUGAUCAGAAUCAAAAUGAUGGCUCUAAUAAUGAUACGGUUAAAGACAUCGAACAAUUAAAAAAAAAAAAGGAAGAAGUUAACGAAGAGACAGAGGAUAAAGAUAAGAAGAAAAUAAAUGAGAUAAGAGAUGAGGAAAAUAAGAAUAUUGAAGAAUAUGAUAAUGAUACAAAAGAGAAGGAGGAAGAUAAAACAGAAAAAGUUAAAGAAGAUAACGUAAAGGAGAAAGAAGAUACGAUGAAGGAAAAAGAAAUUGUAGCGAAUGAUGAAGAAAAUAAAACAGAGGAAAAUGAAAAAGGAAAUGACAAAGCAAACGAAACGGAAAUUAAUACAAAUAAAAUGGAAAUUGAUAUAAAUGAAAUGGAAAUUAAUACAAAUGAAAAAAAAAAAGAGGAAACAAAUGAGAUGGAAAAUAAUACGAAUGAAACAGAAAAUAAUACAAAUGAAAUGGAAAAUAAUAUAAGUGAAAUAAAGGAUAUAACGAAGAAAACGAAAGAAGACGAGACGAACGAUAAAGAUGGUGCAACGAAUAGAAAGGAAUAUGAGACAAACAUGGAGGAAAAAGCGAAUGAAAUAGAAGAAAAAGAACAUAAAACGAAAAAAAUUGAAAUAAGUAAAGCGGAGAAAGAAGAACAGAAUAGCUAUAUAAAUGACGAUAGCAGAAAUUUAAAUUCUAAAAAUUCUGUAUUAAAUGUUAACAUUAAUUUAAUUGAUAAUUCAAUUGGAAAUUUAAAUGAAAAAGAUGAGACGAGUACAGAUAAUAAAGAUGAGAAGACUAUAGAUAAUAAAGAUGAGAAGAGUACAGAUAAUAAACAUGAGAAGAGUACAGAUAAUAAAGAUGAGAAGAGUAUAGAUAAUAAAGAUGAGAGGAGUACAGAUAAUAAAGAUGAGAAGAAUGAAACAAACAAAAUUAUGGAUAAUGGCAGUUUAGAAAACUGUAAUGAAAGUAACAUUUUUACAUCUGAUACAAAGUCAAUAAAAGAUAAUUCGAAUUCUGAAGAAAUAGAUAAACAAGUAGAUAUAUCUAAUACUACGCAUUCAUCAGAAGAAAAGGAAUACACGAAUGAUGCUCAGAAAUUACUCAGUGAUUUGACAACUUUGAGCGAGCCUGCCACAAGUAAAGAGGUCAGUGCAAUAAACAAAAAUAAUAAAGAAUCUGUUAAUACAGUAGUAGAAAUGGUAGAACAUGUUUUUGAUUUAGUCACAAAUGAUCAACAAAAUCAUCUAAGCACCAUAGAACAUAAUAUAAGAUGUAGUCAAUUGGAACCAGAAACUUUGGAGGAUAUUUCACGGGAAAUACAGAAAAGUGCUGACAUGCCAUCUUUAGAUCCAAUCAAUUCUACAGAAAUGGACCAUAAUGAUGUAUCAAUAAAUUGAAAUUAGUAAGUUCAGUAAGUUAAUUUUAAAAUAUAAUUGUUACUUUCAGUAAAUUAGUCUUCUUUUGUAAAUCAGUUUCUUCAAUAAAAAUAUUUGGUAUCAUUUAUAGAUUGCGUUUCCGGGGGAAAAAAAAGAAAAAGAAGAAACGCAAUAUUUUGAUUUGUAUAUUAGAUUUGAACAAAAGUACAUAGCGUUUUAAAAUAGAAGACAUUUAAAUAUGUGAAAUGUAACUAAUUCAAAAUGGAACUAAAGAUAUAUUUAUAUAUUUUAAAAGUUUACAUUGCAAAUUGUCUCUCUCUCUCUCUCUCUCUCUCUCUCUCUCUCUCUCUCUCUAUUUCUCUCUUUCUCUCUCUUUUUCUUUCACUUCAUACAUACACAUACACAACACACACAUAUCUUAUCUACAAGAUUGAGAACAUUUCAAUCAUUGAUGAUGAUGAUGAUGAUGAUGAUAAAAUUUAAUGGAAACUCGCUGUAAGACAAUGGACAUCGCAAAUGCAUGCAGAUAUUUAAACGAUUUAACGGAUAAAAAGAAAAAAAAAAGAAAAUAGAAAAAAUUGGAUUAAUGGACGUUUCCAUUAGCGAAUCAUUUCACAAAGUUUCGUACUUCCAUUUAUUUCGAUCUUUGCAUAAAAUACUUUUAACGAGACAAACAUCAUUGCCUUGAAAGUCUAUAAAAUUGGAUCAUCAGUUCAUUUCCCAAGAGGAUUGCCAAUUCUUGAAAGGAUGCUAUUAUAGAUGUUUCAGAAAGUUGUCGCAAAGAUGGCAAAAAAUAAUGGAACGAAAUGGCACACGCGUUAUUAUAAUAAAAAAAACUAUGUAUAAAUGUUUAAAUAUUAUUUUUGAACGUUAAUUUUAAAAACGCUACGAACUUUUGUUCCAAUUUAAUAAUAUAUAAUUCGUUAAAAAUAAUAUAGUAUAAUAUACAAGCGAUGUAAAUUGAUGAUCUUUUUGUAAAAUUAAAAAAAAUUAAUUACUUAAA